CAAACUGUAAAAAAAAAAAAUUAUAAUUAUAAUUUAAAACGGUGAUUUCUUACCGUAUAUGGGAAUGUGUUUAUCUGUAUAUCUCAGGAAGGAAGUCACAUUGCAUUACGUCUUUAUUUUAGUCAUGUAACUGGGUAACUGAGUUCAGUAAAUACUGAUGAUGUCAUCGUCUGAAGAUGGCUGAAGGAGAAGGCUGGUGGGGAGGCUGGCUUCAGCAGGGCUUCCAGGCCGUCAAAGAUAAGUCAUCUGAGGCCUUAGAAUUCAUAAAGCGAGACCUGACAGAGUUCUCCACUGUAGUGCAACAUGACACAACCUGCUCACUUGUGGCUACAGCAACUGCUGUCAGAAACAAGCUCGCGGUGGAAGGUUCCUCUGAGACCUCAGAAAAGGUAAAGAAGAGCCUUUCUAGUUUCUUAGGGGUGAUAACGGACACGUUUGCUCCACCCCCAGAUAAAACCAUUGACUGUGAUGUAAUCACAUUGGUGGCAACGCCAACAGGAACUACAGAGAUCUACGACAGUUCUAAGGCACGUCUCUACAGUUUGCAAGCUGACCCUGCUACAUACUGCAAUGAGCCUGAUGGUCCCCCAGAGCAGUUUGACAACUGGUUGUCCAGCUUCAGUUUGGAAGAUAAGAAAGGAGAAAUCUCAGAGCUUUUGGUCAACAGUCCCUCUAUCCGAGCCCUUUACACCAAAAUGGUGCCAGUGGCAGUUGCACAUUCAGAAUUCUGGCAAAGGUAUUUCUACAGAGUCUUCCAGUUGGACCAGGAGGAGGCAAGGAGAGUGGCAUUGAAGCAAAGGGCAGAGCAGACCACACACACAGAGACCCUGGGCUGGGAGGAGGAGGAGGAUGACUUCCUCGGCGCCACGUCAUCAUCUCACCUUAACUUCGCACCCCCAUUGGACUACAGCUCAACCCAGCUUCCCAAAACCUCUACCGCUCCCACAGGAACGCCCCUGCUGAGCCCCGUCCUGUCUCCCAGCGAGGAGCGUGACGCCACCCUCUCAGUCAGCAGCGACAGCGUCAGCCUGCCAACGCAGGUGGAAGUGCGGCCCGAGCCCGUUGUCACGGAGCUGGCCAAGAAACUGACAGAAGCUAGCUUGGGAGAUGUUGCGGACAAGACACAAGAAGAGCAGAGGCCUGGGAAGGGUAACUACAAUCUAUCAGCUGCCCCUGGAAAGAGUGACUUACCUCUUGAGGCUCAAGUGGAAGCUGUAACCCCACCAGAGGUCACUGUUGAUGGGGCAUCAGCGAGGGCUUCCGCCCCCCCCUCCAAACCAGAAUCAGCAAAGGAGGAGGGUCCGCAGGACCUGAGAGUGUUCGAGCUUAACUCCGACAGCGGGAAAUCUACGCCCUCUAACAAUGGCAAGAAAGGGUCCAGCACCGAUGUGAGUGAGGACUGGGAGAAAGACUUCGACCUGGACAUGACAGAAGAAGAAGUCCAAAUGGCUCUCUCUAAAAUAGAAGCUUCUGGAGAGAUGGACGAAGACUGGGAGAACUGGGACUGAGAGCCACUGCAACACAAACUCUGUCCCACCAUUAAAGCUAGUUCUCGGCAGACGAACCAUGCUUAACGUGUUUUAACUCUUUGUCCACACUGUCACCAUGUCAUGAAUGUCAGUAGGGGAUUUUCCGGCGGGUUUGGACCAUAUUGGUAAACCUGUUGAAAAGAGCAACAGGACGACCAAGGCAAUAAGAAUUACGCUGCUCCGUCAGUUUAGUGCAGAUAGGCCGCUAGCGAGGGUAGUGACUCAGGUCUUGGCUAUUUCUUUAAAUAACUUCUGGCUUUAGAGAGCAUAUGAAACUAGUCACUACCUUUUUCUUAUUAUUGUUAUUUUUUUUUAAAGCUUAAGGACACGUAGUGACAAGUCAGAAUGUGAAAGGUGUCACCGCAGUAGGGGAGGGGCGGUUUCCCUUUUUUCUUUAUGCUAUUAAAUACAUUGCGUAUGUUGCGAGUGCAUUGCAAGUUGGGCAAUGGCUCGACUGCGGGCUGCAAAAUGGCCAUAAUGCUGCUUGUCACCUUUCUAAAUUUGCAAGUUGAGUGAUGAUGAUUGAUUGAUUUAUGUCUACCUGUACCCCAUUCUUUCUUUAUCUUUAUUAUGCAAGUGAAUUUUCAAAAUGAAGAAAGAAAUUGGCCUUCAUUCAUUGUGCACUUUUCAUUUUGGAUUCACUCCCAACUCCAUAGAUGAUAUAUGGCCUUGUAAAACACACAGUAGUGUGAUAAUGUUAUCCAAAUGUUUUUGUUGUAAGUCAGUCAUCUGAAACACAACCAGCUAAUGUGUCAAUAUUAGUUCUUUACCCUCUCUCCGUCAUAUGUUAUUCAUUUGAAUAUAUGAGCUUGUUGCAGGCUGUAACGGUCGCUUCUAUGAGUUGUUUAUCUUAUUUGGCUAGAGGGAAUUAAUUCAUUCGGACUCAUUAAGAGAGAGAUCAUAUUUGACUUAACAAAAGAGAAUUUAAACUGGUCCCGGUGUCAGGAUGCAUGAUUCUUUGGCUUGGAAUUGAGGGUAGCAUCCGUUGUUAUGUAUUUGUAUAGGA